ACCCUGAGGAGCGAGGACAAGGCCAGUGAAAUGUCUUGUGGCCCACCAUGCAGAACCAUCACGCUGGAGUGGUGCUAUUUCACCCAUCUAUCAAUCGUACCCUAGCCUUGAUCCCAAAGAAACUCAGCCCUCCGAGUCCAGAGCUUUGAAGACAACGGCUAUAACUAUCAGUUCUCCUGUUCUUCUAAGAAUUUUCUCAACCUCUGUAGUCACUGGAGCGCCAUUUCUAUGCGGGCUGACACUUCAUUCAGACUAUCUCAGACAAACCAUAGACCCAGGCAUCGCAGGUUAACGUUCGAUGCAAAGAAAGUGCUGACCCUUUGGACCCUGCUAGUUGGUGCUGUUGCUGUUCUUCUUUGGGGGUUGUUCAGUUUUCCUAAAAAAAUUACAGUUACAAGACUCUCCAAAAACAAGACAUGCGACGACGAAGUGAGGAUAUGCAUUGGUGGCUGGAACAAACUACGUCGGAACUGUUUUUCUCAUGUCAACCAUAAAAAUUCAUGGGUCACUGCCACGGAAUACUGCAAACUCCAUGAUGCAACUCUGGCUUUGUUCAACGACAAAACUGAAUUGGAAACUGUGAUGAAGCAAAUGCAUGAGAUGCAAACAUAUUGGAUUGGACUGGACAGAAAAAAUGCACUCGGAAUCUGGUUUUGGACAAAUGGAAGUAUGAAAUCCAAGAUCAUGGUCCUUGUGCCUUCAUUCAUCAAUAUGGCAUAGACAGUACCCAAUGUGACGAAUUAAAAGAAUAUAUUUGUACCAGAGAAGGCAAGUGCAUAUAAAGAUUUCUUCCAUCCAAAAGAACAUGAAGAGCAGUGUCUUGUUUUGUCCGUGAUGUGUAUUCCUUCCCAUUGACAUCACUUUAAAUCUAAUUUGACUGAUAAACAUUUACAUGAAUUUUAUCUUCUUUGAAAUAGUUACUACGAAGCCUAGCAAAUAAGUUUGAUGUGGUACGGCUGGGUCAUCAAGGUUGGUGCAUUUGAAGCUAUGGUCAUGAAGGGCCUUGUUCAGAAGUGAUACAUCUCAGUGGAGCACACUGAAGGGCAUACAGAACAAAGAGGAAGAUCCCUCUGCUUGUCUAAGAUUCAGUGACAUCUUCAGAAAAAGCAAAACAAGAGCUGCAGGACAGGGAGAGCAUAAGAAAUGUUUUGUUUGCCCUCAAAUAAUACAUGAUUCGUGUGGAACUGUGAAGGAAGGCAUAAGGGUAAAACUAUUCUGAUCGAGGACCCUGUGUCACCACUGAGGACCAAGCAACUCUCCACAGGUCUCCGCCAAACUGAAAGACUUAAGGUAACCUGGAUUUGUUGUUGCCAUAGUUGGUGAAAGAGUGAAGGAUGCAAGUUUUGUGAUGAGUCAGGAUGAGCAGAAUGCCAGCACCCGGAAUUAGAGAGGAACAUGAAGGAAGAAGCUUUGUGACCUCGAAGAAUCCAUGGAGACAAGCCUAAGACCCGAACGCUGUUUCACUCAGAUUCUGGAUAACACUGAAAUGAUCUUGGAGAGAGGGAGUACAGACAUUUACACUGGUCAUCAUUAAAAAGAAAAAAAUCUCUUCACCUACUACAGGUCUUUUUCAUACGUGAUCUUAGCCUUUACAUUUUAUACGUGCGUGCAAGCAUGGAGGGGUGCAGGCUGUAAACAAGAAAGUGGGCUAUGGGAAGAAGAGUGAAGAGUUUUGAAGGAGGGAGAAAAAACUAAUAGACUACAUGUGACAUAAAACCAGGAGACCCUGAAACCUACGUUGCACUAGAUAACUUCUAGCUACUGUUCUUCUUCAAAGAGAGGGCAAGGAUCUUGCAACAUUUAGACAAAUUAGUGGCUUAAAGAGUUGUUGUUAGGCCCUGGAUCUGUAUUGUGGAAGUUGAAAUAGAAACAAACUCUGGAAAGACGGGAACUGGUUGAGGUCAAGGUGGGAGACUGGUGGGAGUUUCCACUGGGGACUCUUGUCUCUUCAGUUCGUUCUUAAUCAGGAAUUCCUGGCUCAACCUUCAUCCUCUGUGACAAUUGCUCAAUUUCCUUAAUCCCAGUGUGGUAUCAUCUAUAAAUAAUUAUAAUGGGAAGGUUGGUGGCUGAAUUAAUUAGUGUGUUUAAGGCAGCCUUAGCUCAGGGCUUCAACUAUGGUGCUCUGUGUUAGCCAUUAUCAUCUCCAAAGUCAUUUUAACACCAAAAAUAUGUGCACAUUAAUUAUUCAGUGUCCAGUAGAUACUAAUUAGAAGACACAAAGCAUAACUGAUUGUUUACUCCAAGUAAAAGAACAAAGCAUGUGUGAAAAUAUGACAAACCCCUUAUACUUCAGGCUAAUUUAGAAAUUUUAAAAUUAAAACAUCUCUGCAUCUUGUAGGCAAGUUGCAUGCCUGUAUUCCCAACACUUCAGAGGCUGAGGCAGAAAAAUGGUGAGGUCCAGGUCAGCCAAGAUAGUAGGAUCCUAUGUAAUAACCAAAACAAGGUUCUAGGGAGAGAUAGCUCUGUCAGUUAGUGCUCGGCAUGCAAACACGGGAACCCGAGUUUAAUUCUCCAUCACCCACAUCAAAUGCCCAAGCCUAGAAACCCCAGUUCAUAUUCCCAGCCCUGGAAAGUCAGAGACAGUUCCUGGGGCUUACAUGCAAUCAAUCUUGAAAAAGUAAGGUCUUAUUCCAGUGAGAGAACCUCUCAAAAACUAAGGCGUGGGACUGGUGAGAUGAAUCAGUGUAGUUCAUGUUCUUGCAAAGGAGCACAGUUCUGUUCCUAGAACUCAUACCCAGGGACCCACCUCUACCUGUAACUCCAGCUCCAGAGUGUUUGACAUCCUCUGCUGGCCUCCCAGGCAUAAAGACAUGUACAUAUAUAUAUAUGCACACACACACUCACACACACACACACACACACACACACACACACACACACAAAUGGCCAAAAUAAAAUGAAAUGCUGUUGUUUAAUAUUUACCUUGGCUUUAUGUUUGUGUUUCCUAAUAAAGAGUUCUCUUUGAAUAUU